AUGGAUACUCUACGCCGGCGGAUUCCAGGCGGACAAUAUGUCCGCAUCAAGGAACUGUGCAUCGUGUCUCGUCUCAUCAAGAGGCUCAUCGCACUGAAGAGAUACUACCCACAGUGGUAUGGAGGCGAAUGCAAAAAGCAAGCCUUGUCUGUUUUUCUUGGGUUUAUAUCGGUCACUGAGGGUUACCAGGACCCUCUUAUCCCUCUCGCCGAGAGGGACGGGGUUAUCACCGCGACCCAGAACCGUUGCUACCUCGUCGGGCGAAUGAGCAAACAUGACGUCAUGACAGCAAUGUUCGUUCAAGACCUCCUCAAACACGUUGCUCAUUACAUUGUGGUAGUCUACGGGACCGGUGGAGAUAGAUUCAAAUCUCCAAAAGUCACUCACCAAACAGACGUGCUAGGCGACAAUCUUUGGAUCAAUCGCAGCCGGUCGGCGGACACACAUGCCCGUCUGGAAGAGACUGAUUCGUGCAAUCCUACCAAGAACGCAACCGUUAAGGACUACGCCGAGAUCUUGAUCAUAGACAGACAUCCAGGGCGCAUAUUUAGCCUAUACAGCCUUGUUAGCGAUGCCUUAAUGAUGCUUACCAAUGACCCGACCGAAGAAGAGAUCAUGAGAAGCGCCAUUCGCAAAACAAUACCCGAAGACGAACUAAGACAGUGGAUGGAUGCCUGCUCGUUGGAUGGUGCAUCCAUCGAAGACAGACACGUUGGCAACAUUCACUAUGAGGGAACCCGACUCCGAGCAUGGGACGUGCAGCAGAAACAGCCAGACCUAAUCCGCUGUUCGCUAAAUAUCAAACCCUCACUCCGAGACCGCCGGCUGAUAUGCAAGAUCCUGGAUCAAAUGGAAGCCAGCGGAGUAAUCAGCCAACUCAAAGAACCACACAAGACCUACUGUAGACCAACUCUUUUGCACGGCACAGACGGCCUGGAAGACCUCUACUUCCACUAUGACUUCGGUCCAAUUGACGAAAAUGCACUUGCACUGGGGCCGCUGGGCACUUCUCCAGCACCCGACUCACUAAGCCGAUUCACUCACGCGUUUCAGGCAGCCCACCCAGACGGGGUUUUUGCCAAAGGAAGGGUGAACGUUCACUACUGCGCGUGGCCAAUUCCUGCAGUGCUCCCUAGUGCGUGGGGUGAUCCUACCUUCUGCACCAGCGAAGGGUACCUGUAUCGCUGGAAUGUCCACCCGUUCGACUUUCCGUUGUCCCAGCGCGCGUGGCAGAGUUAUGUUGAUCAUACGAUAAACAAGAGAUUCCCGUUUGCGCAGUGUGUGGGGACAACGUUAGUUGUGGCUGCUACCAGUUCGGCAGAUGCAGGCAAGAACCUUACGUUGCUGAUUGAGGCGACAAAGCAGAAGGGGUGGAGAUUGACUGUUCUACAUACAUCAAGCUGGGCAGGGGAUAUUGACAGUUUGGCAUUGUGA